UCAUUUCCAAGCCAUAUUCCCUCUGAUCCACGCCCCGUCUUUUCAUCCUUCAAGGAAGAAUGCAGUCCUACUUCUUUCCAUGUGUUCGAUUGGGAGCUUAUUCCUUAGCUAUCCAAAGGCAUUGGGACAUGGAAUAAGCAUGUUCGAAAGGUUGCAAAAGGCUAUAUUGGCGUCGUCGCCGAAUCCCGCCCACCUACAUGCUAUACAAGCUUCUGUGAUCGGGCAGACCUUCGGUCUUUUGAUGGGGUGGGCGCGAAAAGUAAGGUUAUUUGUUUUUGAUGAGGACCCGCCAGGCAAUAUCGAAAAUCUACAGGAUGAUAGCGACGCACUCAGAUUAAUGUGGAAGAGCUGGGCUCGGCUGGAGGAAAAGAAACGUAUUGUCCUCGCACUUCACAUUCACGACACCGAACUUGCAAAACUCCAUCACCACGAGCCAAUUCUUAGACAUGCACCGGAAAAUCUACCACAUUUGUCUGCUCCUGAGUUAUUUGCGGCACCGUGCCCAAAGUCCUGGAAGGCUCUAUUUCUCACUACGAAACAACCCGUCCAAGGGACACAUCUACCAGUAGGGCGGUCGAGCCUCCUCAGAGAAUUUCCACAGAAUGAUUUCCUAUCCUACGCCAUGCUUGAGUCCAUUGGUGCACUUGCCUAUGAAGAAAGAAGCAGUGGCCACUCAGGCCGCGCCGUAGGGCAGCAGUGCGAGGAGUUUUUGAUAGAGUGGUACUGGAAGUAUGCGCAAGUUUCCAAUGCAAGCAAGCAUCCGGACCAUUUCUGCCUCAUGAUCCUAUGGCACUCGAUAUUCAUGCAUCUGGACACGGGAUUUGAUCAGCUUGAAUGCGCCUGUGGAAGAGAAGGGGAAGCCGCCACACAAAGGAAUCGACCGUAUGCGUCCAACUGGGCAAACUCCCGGGCUGCAACACGUACCCUGCUCCAUGCGACUUUCAUCCAGCAGCAUUUCCAGCUCCUACCGAUUGGUGCUGAGACUGCAAUCCAUGUUCCAAUGGCGCUGUAUAACUGCGGACUUGCAUGGGUUUGUUUUACGCGGUUCGGCUCUGGCAUUGGUGACUCAUUCUUUGAUCUUGCGACACUCUCCGAAUUCCCUGAGAUCAAGCUCUUUGGUCCUAGGCAGUUAAAAUCCUUCCUCGAUAUCAGGAGUAAUAUCCAGGGGCAGAAAUCUGAAUUCGGUACAUUGUUUAAGAUUAUGGAUCUCUUGGGGAGAAUCGGCCAUUGGAAAGUCGCCGGGAGCUUUGCAACAACCUUGAGGGCCCUUGUAGAUACACAAGACCUUUUUUGA